AUGUCAACGUGGGGAUACAGUUACUUGGCUACGCACCCAAAUGAAGCAAAACCAUCCAUUCCAUAUCAGCCGGGAACAACCAUCAAAGCGCAGGCUUAUACACCGCCAAAGCCGCCGAAUUUUUACUAUACAUGGGCUCGUGGAAAGAUUGAGAAGGAUAUUCGAGAGAUACAUCCUCUUCAAUUAUGUCUGGAAAAUCUGCCUGCGGAGGGCCACCCCAGGAACAGGAUGAUAGGGUUAAGAAUCAAACGCCAUGUACGAGUACAUGACGGCGCCAAUUCACAAAUAGUACAGGCUGAAUUCUUGAGCAACCAGGAAAAGGAUCCCCAGCCACUGGAGGGGCCAAUCCCCACCAGUAUCACCGUCAAAUUCUAUGAUCCGUUGUACUAUGAUUUCGAUACAGAACACCCCGACCCUUUCGCAAAUUGCGAUGCAGCCUUUGCUCACGAGACCUUGGCUUAUCACCACCUGAAGCCCGUAUAUGGAACUGUAGUUCCUCGCUUUCUUGGAUCAUACAGUAUUGAUGUUCCGCUCCCAGGCAAUCCCUCCGUUUUCCGGCCUGUCAGAGCGAUCCUGUACGAAUUCGUCCCAGGAGUUUCGCUCCAGGAUAUUGAGAUUCAAGAUUAUAGUUCGUCACAACGAAAGGCCAUCAUGUCGGCAGUACUGGAUGCCCAUAGCAUAUUACGGCAACUCAACGUAGCUCAUGGCGAUUUGGAUCCGCGAAAUGUCAUUGUCAUAUCUGCCAAAGAGGGAGAGAAGGCGGAUAUUCGCUUGAUCGACUUCGACAUGGCUGAAUGUGGCAAGCGUAUACAAGAACAGCACCAGCCAACGAUGUUGCCAGAGUCAAGAUCCAUAAUAAUCAAGCGAUGGUCUGACAAGGAUCUGCGGGACUGUAUGCUUGACUUUGCCUGGUUAAUAGAUUGGCCGUGGGAUGACUGGCUGGAGAACGAGUAUGCCAAAGACAGGAUAUAA